UGGGACUUUUUCGAAUUUCGAUUUCUACCCGGACACGCCCCCCACAGACUGCGAAGAUUGAUUUUUGAUUUCUCUAAAUUAUUCAUUUUGUUUUGAGAAGGUUUGAUGUCGUAUAAGUAGUUAUGAAAUAUUUGAAGUUUUGAAAACAUGUCUGAAAAUGAACAUCUCGAGGAAGUAGCAAUCGCAGGCGAUUCUGGCGCUGAAUCGAGCGCAGAGAAAAAUGUACUGGUGCCUUUGACGUUUCCACAGCAGACAUCAAAAAACACGGCUGAUCUUUUCAAUCUGGACGAUGAGACGGUCGAGUGCAUGCUGUGCUGCAAAGAGUUUAAAAUGCAGAUUGACCAGCAGGCCUUUUUGCACCAUUUAUUUGUUGAUCAUCGACUGGUGAUUGGGGACGUCAGUCACGUUGCCAGCCUCAAAAGUUAUGUGAACUUCUGGAAAGUGCGCAUGAGGUCUGGGCCCCUGGAAGAAUUCUGCAGCGUGAUGAAGAUGGACGUGACCCCCGACGGCCAGCCAAGCAAAGACGAAACCUACUUCUUGCUCUCCGACAUUCUCCCUGAGGACAAACUACUUAGGGAGGGACUUCAGGAGAAACGACUGAACGCAAUACUCGAAAGACAGAAGUUUGAGCGUGAGGACCAAAGCUAUUCCAGAGACUGUCUUUUUUGCCGUUUCAAACUCGGAAGCACCAGAGCCGAUGCUCUCAAACACUUGUCAGACAAACAUAACCUAAACUUGGGAAGGCCAGACAAUCUUGUUUUCAUCGACGAGCUUUUAGAAAAAAUCCACACAAGACUAGAAAAUCUACGCUGCCUAUUCUGCAACAAUCUUUUCCUCGAAAGGCACAUUCUUCGGGAACACAUGCGCAAAAAGCAGCACAAGUGCAUCAACCCAAACGAUACCGAAUUUGACAAAUACUAUAUUGUCAAUUAUUUAGAAAUUGGAAAAACUUGGAAAGAAGUCGAGGAGGAGCAAGAUGGACCAACAGGGGCUGAGGAGGAGUCUUGGUCGGACUGGUGUGAGGAAGACGAAGCCGCAAAGCUUACCUGCUUGUUCUGUGAUCACCAGGCCAAGCACUUGCAGGCUCUCAACUGUCAUUCGCAAGUGCAGCAUGAUGGGUUCAGCUUGGAAAAUAUCAAUCUUUCAUUUUACUUGCAAGUCAAACUAGUCAAUUACAUUAGACGACAAGUGCAUAUGAAUGCCUGCCCAGUGUGCAACGAACAAUUUCCAAGUAAAAUCAAACUUGUCGAACACUUGCAGUCUGAAAGACAUUACACCUUGCCGGAGGAAUCUCUUUUUGAUCAACCUCAGUACUUUUUUCCCACUUAUGAAGACGAUGCGGUUUUAUUCCAACUAGAGGACGCUGGUGAGACAGAAUGCCAGAGUCCUGUUAUACCUGAAUGAUUUAAAUCAAGGAUAUCUAGGGUUAACUUUUACUCACUCUCAUUCGGGAGCUCAAAGAAAGUUUGCAUGCUUUAAAGUGAUAUUAAAUUUGAGAUAGGAAUAAGAAUGUUAUCAAUGAAUUUUCCUCAAAAUUCUUAUUGCCUUAAUUAAAAUUUAUAAAAUAGAAGCCGAAAGGGUUUAAGGUUAAAGCUAUCUUACAUAAUAGCCUAAACAUUUAGAGUCAAACUUCUUCCCUUUUGCUUAUCUUGUUGCACAAUCAGUUUUGCAUAAGAAAUAAAUAAAGUUCACAAAUAUAAUGCUCAAGCUUUAAAAGAUAUA